AUGACCAAACAACCAACAACUCCCUCGCCCGAGAGGCAUGAAGAAGAGCCCGAGACCGCAAAGCCAGCGAGGCCGGUACGCAAAGCUGCCCGACGGACACGGUCAGCCAACACCAGUCCCCGCACUCUGGAGAAGAAAGCGACCUCACGCGGAAAGCCGAGUUUGGACCAGGUCGCCGAAGCGCAGGAGGCUGGUCAGAGUGCGUAUCCGACACCGAGGAAGACGCCGAGGAGGAUUGUCGUGCAUGAUGAACUUCCUCCGGCCGAGGGGUCGCGCAAGAACGACGGACUGAUCUUGCUGCUUCGUGUUAUGGAAGAGGCGGAAGAGAGCGAUAGUGACAGGGAUAGUGACCGCGGUGAUGGCGCAUCAAGGCUCCGUGCGGGCUACCAACAGGAAGGGUUUCUGAUCUAA